UCUUCCGCUCUCGCCCGCGGUGCAGUAAACAUGGCGAACGGCUAGCGGCUAACGGAGUCGCCGUGUGCAUUGAUUACUGGCGGCUUUGUUUCUCUUUUUUGGCUUAAGUACUUUUGCUUUAUCGCGCCGAGCGGUGCGUGUUUGGACUGGUGUGCGCUACUGGUUUAUAUUUGAUUAAAAGUUUGAAAGAAACACACUGACAAAAUGGGGCGGCGAUCAACCUCUUCCACCAAGAGUGGGAAGUUCAUGAACCCCACCGACCAAGCCAGAAAGGAGGCGAGGAAAAGGGAGCUGAAAAAGAACAAGAAGCAAAGAAUGAUGGUGAGAGCUGCAGUGUUGAAGAUGAAGGACCCCAGACAGAUCAUCAGAGAUAUGGAGAAGCUGGAUGAGAUGGAGUUCAACCCCGUGCAGCAGCCCCUCCUGAAUGAGAAGGUGUUGAGGGACAAGAGGAAGAAGCUGCGGGAGACAUUUGAGCGCAUUGUCCGUCUUUAUGAGAGAGAGAAUCCUGAGACAUACAAAGAGCUACGCAAAUUGGAACUAGACUAUGAGACCAAACGAGGACAACUGGCUCUCUAUUUCGACUCUGUCAAGAAUGCAGAGUCCGUUGAGGUUGACAGUAUCCCUUUGCCGGAUAUGCCCCAUGCCCCCUCCAAUAUUCACAUCCAGGACAUCCCAUUGCCAGGAGCUCAACCUCCCUCUAUCCUGAAGAAAACCUCCACUUUUGGUAAAGGAACUCUGUCGACAUCCUCUGGACCAAUGUUGGCAUCAUUACCCGCUGUCCCACGUUUACCUCCUGGAAAGAAGCCCCCUGGUCCCCCACCUGGGCCUCCACCUCCACAGGUCCUGGCACUGUAUGGCAUUCCUUCUCGACGAGGUUAUGGCACAGACGCAGAGCCUUCAAUUCCUGGUUUAGAUAAGGACUCUGCCAUGGAUUUGGGAAGAGAUCGAGGCAGUGGCAGUGAGAGCGACAAUGAUCGGAAUGACUUGGAUGAUGACGAUGAUAGUGAUUCCGAAGAGGACAGUGAGGACGAGCGGGACAGAGGUCGAGACGGUGAUCAGCGAAUGAGUUUGGACAGACAGGAUGAUGACAGGGAAAGACAAGAGGAAAGAAAUGAGAGACAUUCUGGUCGCAGUGUCCGUUUUGCUGAUAUGCCUGCUGAGGCACCUCGUGAGGGGAAGAGGAAGAAGAAAAGGUUGGUGAAGAAGACCAAGGCCAUCACCCCCCUGCAGGCCAUGAUGUUAAGGAUGGCGGGUCAGUCGGUUCCUGAAGAGGAGGAGGAAGAAGAGGUAGAGGAGGAGUACACAGAUGAAUCUGAUGUCUCAGACAGUGAGGACGUGCCAACGUUAGGGGACAACCAGCCCCCACUUAUGCCUAAUCAGCGUCUACCCCCUCCUCCUGGGCCAGUGGGACAGCAAGGACCUCCGCACUUGCAAGGCCCACCAAUGACUGGGCCUCCACCACUCGGUCCCCCACCAGCUCCUCCAAUGCGACCUCCUGGUCCCCCCUCCGGUCCGCCUCCUGGCCCCCCACCAGGUGCUCCCCCGUUCUUGAGGCCUCCGGGUAUGCCUGGAGCUAUUAGGGGUCCAAUGCCUCGUCUUCUGCCUCCUGGACCUCCACCAGGUCGACCCCCUGGCCCCCCACCAGGCCCCCCUCCCGGCCUCCCACCGGGUCCCCCACCACGAGGACCCCCACCCAGACUUCAGCCCCCUGCACCACCAGGUAUGCCACCACCUCCCCCAAGGGCCGGAGGACCUCCACGUCCUCUUGCCCCACCACUCUCCCUCUUCCCACCGCCUCUCAGUACCAAUGUGCUCAGUGCUCCUCCCAGCAUUGUCCAGCGUCAAAAAGCCCAAGGUCCUGGCCAGGAUGGUCCACAGAACAUGCCCCCUCCUGCUAUGCCUAUGCGACCAGGUGUCUUGCAGAUGCCCCCUCCUCCAGGGACAGCAGCUGCAGGCUCCAAUCCUGCUGGCCACCAUCAUACAGCCACCAUUGAAAAGCGAGCCAACCUUACCUCUGUCGCAGGCGCUGCAGGCAGCCUGGCUGCCGGUGCAGGCUCUGGUGGGGCCACAAUCUCUGCCAAACCCCAGAUUAUUAAUCCUAAAGCUGAGGUCACCCGAUUUGUGCCCACAGCACUAAGGGUGCGUAGGGACAAGGGCGGCGUAAUGCCUGGGGCUGCAGCUGGGCCUCUGGAGAAAGCAGGGCUCGGUGUUGGAGGAAGGAGGGGAGACGAUGGCAUGGGAGUUGGUCAUGGGCAGAAACAGCAGGCAGCAGCUCAGAUGGGUUUUGUCAACCCAGGCCAGAUGGGUGCUGUGACCCAGCCCAGCAUGAAGACUAAGGACCAGGUGUACGAAGCCUUCAUGAGGGAGAUGGAGGGACUCCUUUGAGAUAUGAGGCCGUUGGUGGGGAAGUGUUCAGAGUACUUGUUCUCCAUGUUUUCUGUGCAGACUAGUAGUUGUAGCUUUUCUCAUGUUUGGCUAAAUCAGCUGCUGCAGUGAUCACAGCAGAUUUGUCUUCAUUUGAUCUGGACUGAUUUGAUUUGUAUCUACAACAGCAUCCAUUUAUUUGACACGGUGAUAUAUUUAAUUCAAAACCAUGAGCAGUAAAACACUAGACUUCAGGUUGUCUGAUGUUGAUAUUUGUGUUUUGUUUAGGGUUUUUUUUUAUCCAAGUGUCAUUGACUAUGAGCGGAAUAUGCAUUUUUUUUAUUGUCAGCAGUUUAUUGUACUGAUAUCAUAGUAUUUGCUCAUUGCAAAACAAAUUACAAACAAAAAUGUUAGUCAACCAUCGGCAAAGUAUGUCUGAAACUGAACUGCAGCUGAAUAAAAACAGUUUUUACCUUG